CUUCACAGAAUUAUAUAAAGCAUAGCACAUACUAUUGAUAAUUUUGGUAAUAGCACUUAUUUACAGUUACUUGUGUGUAUUGAAUAUCGACAAUAUCUCCAUAUUUACGAAAACGAAAAUAUUCAAUGCGAGCUGAACAACGACUUUGCGCAUUUGCCUCUUUGUUUGAUGGCUGUGUGGAUGGUAGGCUUACGAAAGCAGAAUAACACACUACAGUAUAAAACCAUCUGAUUGCAAUUACAAGUGCAACACUGUCCACUGUCCAGCUGCACGCUGAAAUCGUGCUACGUCAUUGCUACACACACUGCAGGACCGACCGACACUAGUGAAUCCCUGCAUUGCGAGGAAACUGCGAUGGGACAGUAGCCAAGUACAGGGGGGCGAGAUAACGGAGAACAGCACCACAGCAAAACCCUCAUCGUUAUAGUAGUCUGCAAUCGUAAAGACAGCGCACACCGGGAUCAUCUAUCUAUCUUCUUCUAAACAAACUAAUGGUGACAGUUUAUGAUGACCAACCUGCCUCUGACUAUGUCCUUGGCCAAAGCGCUAUUGAUCGUGACGUGUGUCAUCCUGAACUUCACCCUCUGCGUGACCUCCCUGCCAGCGGAGAUAGAGAGGGGAUGGAGAAGAGCCGUGCACGUGCUUGAGGACGACACCGGCGCGGUCAUCGUUCAGACCGCGCCGGGGAAGGUGGUGACCCACCGGGGAGGCUCCAUCACCCUGCCGUGCCGGUACCACCACGAGCCAGAGAGCACCGACCCCUCCCGCGUCCGCAUCAAGUGGACCAAGGUGACCGACGCGCUGCAGUUUGUGGACGUCUACGUGGCCCUGGGAAGGCAGCAGCGGGUGUUCGGCCCGUACCGGGACCGCGUGUCCCUGGAGGGGGCGGGGCCCGGCGACGCCUCGCUCGUCAUCCACAACGUCACGCUGGCCGACUACGGCCGCUACGAGUGUGAGGUCACCAACGACAUGGAGGACGACACAGGAUUUGUUAACCUCGAUCUGGAAGGGGUGGUGUUUCCCUACUACCCCCGCGUGGGCCGCUACAAGCUCAACUACCAGCAGGCGGAGGAUGCCUGCAAACAGCAGGACGCCAUCCUGGCCUCCCACUCCCAGCUGCACAAGGCCUGGCUCGAGGGUCUCGACUGGUGCAACGCAGGCUGGCUGGAGGACGGCUCGGUGCAGUAUCCCAUCUCCAAUCCCCGGGACGAGUGCGGCCGCAAAGACAUGCCCGCCGGCGUGCGUAACUAUGGUUACCGGCACAAAGAGGACGAGCGCUAUGACGCCUUCUGCUUCACCUCCAACCUCAACGGCCGGGUCUACUUCCUGAAGCGCUUCAAGAAGGUGAACUACGCGGAGGCGCUGAAGGCGUGCGUGCGCGACGGCGCGGCGGUGGCCCGCGUGGGCCAGCUGUACGCCGCCUGGAGGCUGCAGCUGCUGGACCGCUGCGAGGCGGGCUGGCUGGGCGACGGCAGCAUCCGCUACCCCAUCGUCAACCCCCGCGCCCGCUGCGGGGGGGCCGCCCCCGGGGUCCGCCACCUGGGCUUCCCCGACAAGAAGUUCCGCCUCUACGGGGUGUACUGCUUCCAGAAGAACAAGGAGGAGGAGAAGGAGGAGAAGGAGGAGUGGAGGGGGAAGAAGGAGGGGAGGGAGGUGAAGGAGGAGAAGAAGGAGGUGAAGGAGGAGAAGGAGGGGAGGGAGGAGAAGGAGGUGAAGGAGGAGAAGGAGGUAAAGGAGGUGAAGGAGGUGAAGGAGGUGAAGAAGGAGGUGAAGGAGGAGAAGGAGGAAAAGGAGGAGGAGAGGAAGAAGAAAGAGGAGACGAAGACAGCCAUGCAGAAGACUCUGAACACCAGCAGCUCCCUGCUGAACAACACCAUGGUGCUUUAGGGUGGGGGCGCAUGGUGGGGGCUGUGGGAGGGGGUCCAUGUUUGAUUUGAAUGCAAAAAACUGCCGCAAGGGGCGGAUUCCAUCGCUUUUAAAGCUACACACUCAGAGACAAGAUUAGCUUAUUUGCACAUUCGCCAGGGGAGGAGAAAGGGAGGGGGGGGGGGGGGGGGGGAAGCAAGGGCAUAUCAUAUUAAGGGUGACGUCUUUAUUAGGGGUGAUUUACCUUUUUAUCUCCUGACCGUCCAUCAUAGGGCUGCACGUAUGAGUGUCUUUGCUCGGUGGGAGAUGGAAUACUAAGCUGCUUUCUGAUGCGUACUCGGGCAUAGAUCAAACUAGAGAGCCUGUCGUUAUCGUCCUUGUUUACCUGCUCGCGUGUGUCAAUGCGUGUGUGUGUUUACGAACCAAUACAAUAGAUUGCUAUAUUGUUAUACAGAAUAUGAAUAUUGACAUAGUAAGUGUGCGCGUGUGAGUGCGUGUGUCUGUGAGUGCGUGCGUGUGGACACUGGACAGUUUAGCCCCCUGCGCCGGGGAGCCACCGAGGAGCGUUGAUUAGCGAGGAGGGGGGACCUCCGCGCGGGUAUGGACGUGCUCCAGCACGCCCUUGAAGUGUGGCCCGCGCCCAGGGCUCUCGCUGCAGCCGUCAGACACGCUUGGUUAGCAACCUCCUGGCACAGCGCGAUACUGGGAUACGACCCGUUCCCUCAUUACUUAAGAGCUGACAACGUAAGCGGAACAGCAGCUGAUCCAGGAGAGAAAAAACACGACUCGCCCCCACUCUCGCUCUAGGAUGUUUGCACUUUAGCGUUAAUAUGCACAUUUUAAAAUAAUCCCUCUGGAUGAGGCUAUAAAGCAUGCACGUGCUCUGUUUAGUGGGAAUCUCUGGGGCUGCACAAGCAAAAAUAUAAACAAAAUCGUACAAGCUGCAAUAAUUGCUAAAUUACCUUACGCAUUAUCUUCCUGCACUAGACGAGAAAAUAGAAAUUAGCACAAUGAUAACAAAAGUAAAUCUCAUUCGUCUUUUCAUUGCAGAACGUGCGAGUGUUUACUGUUGAUUACAACCAUGAAACAAUGUGCCAUGUCAAUAAAAAAAUAUA